AUGUACUUGUUAUUGGGGACCGUGAUGGUCCUGGGAGUUGUUCGGGCUCAGUUCGAGCCCUUCGCCCUGCCGAGCGCUGAAAGAUUUGCUCCAAAACCAACUGUCCCACCAGAGUUUCGCAAAUAUUUCGAGCUAGAUGGACAUGCCAGGGAACUUGUAGAGUCUUUGCUUGGGCCAAGACCCGGCGGUUUCUUUCCUGAGAAAACGUAUGAAGUGGGCGAACACACAGAGCCAACUCAACCAGGUGCUCCUCCACGACAAAUCUCUAAUCUUGAAAGAACACUCGAACAAUUCUUCACGGCUCCUGAAGAGUCAUCAAACAGUCUUCCACCAGGUUUCAACUCAGGGUUUUCUCUGCAAAACAAUCACAAACAAGUCGGCGGUUUUUCUCAUGAUGAGAAACAUCAGAAACUCGAUAAGGACAAUAGUGGCCGCCCGUCAAUCUCCGGCAUUCCAAACGUUUUCCCAAAAUUACCGAAAGUGCCAGUUUUAAAUGAUCCCCGUGACGAGUUCACCACAAAGCAACCGGUUGUGAUCAACAGAGCUCCAGAAAUGCCAAUGAUUGAGUCAGCUCCACCAGUUCCCGAAAAUGGAAUGCUUUCAUCGGAUAUUCGGCGAGCACCUGAGUCUGUUGGAGAGGUGCCGACGAAUGACGACGGAGAACCGAACGAGGGCGAAUAUGGAGGAUUAGCUGAAGAGACAUCGACAGGAGGUGGUGGACUCAUCGGAACGAUUCUCAAUUUGAUCUCUCUUGGAGCAAAGAAAGCCAAAGAGGGACCAAAGGCGACGAAUGAAUCCGAUGCAAAAUCGCUUGCCGCCGGAGUCUCGAAUUUGUUGGGUGGAGAGAACAGCCCGAUUCCGAUGAAGAACUUCUUCUCCGGAGCUUUGUACAAGGCUCUCACCGCUGGGUCAAUUCUUAAGAAUGACACCGACUCCAGCUCGAACAACACCGAACUCACCGAUGCUCAGAAGUCAGCUAUUGGAGAGAACUUGGAAAUGAUUCAAAACCUGAUCAUCCAACCAAGCUCACCCCUUUGCACUUCUAAACCCGAUCCAGUUGAUUUUGACUUUUAUGCCAUUCUCGGUCAAUGGUAUCAGGUGGUCUACUCACCUCCACUUUCUCAUGGACCGUGCAGUAUGGUUGCCUAUAAGAAACUCAGCGAAGUCAACAAUGGAGGAGCUGGUAGCUUGUUCGAGACUUUCGAAUAUUCUACCGAUGGCACUCCAUACGGAAAACCGAUGAUCUCAUCCGGGUACGCGCUUAAAUACGAGGCUGAGGUGACUGAGCUGAUGGAGAAGAAAGGUUGGGUGAAUGGCUUCUCAAAGCUCUUAAACAUUGUCUCCUCUGUUGACAGCGGUAUGUGCACUUUCCCGCCAUCACUCUUCAAUCUUCAAGGA